UUUUUCGCAGCAAAAGGAAGAAUAACCUUCUUCAUGUUUGCUGUCAAGAUUAUCUGAUAAGAUGGCAAAAAGUAAAUAUGAAUAUGUAAAAAAGUUCGAACAGAACGAUCAGUGCCUUAUGAACUGCUGGAUCGUUAUUCGAAUCGAUGGAAGAAAUUUUCACAGAUUUUCCGAUGGCCACGGUUUUGAGAAACCAAACGAUCAAAGAGCACUGCAGCUUAUGAAUAAAUGUGCUGAGACAGUGAUGAAGGAAUUCACUGACAUUGUGAUUGCAUAUGGACAGAGUGAUGAAUACAGUUUGGUUUUCAAAAGGAGCACAACACAGUUCAGCAGAAGAGCAAGCAAGCUGGUUACAAAUGUUGUUACUCUGUUCUCUUCAUCCUAUGUAUUCUAUUGGAAUCAAUUUUUUCCUACCCAAGAACUGCUUUAUCCACCCAUGUUUGAUGGACGAGUUGUACUUUAUCCCAGUGAGAAAAACUUAAGAGACUACAUGAGCUGGAGGCAGGCAGAUUGUCACAUUAACAACCUCUACAACACAUGCUUUUGGUGUCUGGUAAAGCAGUCAAGUCUAACAGCAGAGGAGGCAGAGGAGAGACUAAAUGGAACUGUUUCCAGUGACAAGAAUGAGCUUCUCUUCUCUGUAUUCAACAUGAAUUAUAAUAACCUUCCUCAAAUAUACAGAAAAGGAUCAGUUCUGGUCUGGGAAAGGGUUUGUGACAUCAAUGACACAGCUCGAGAAGAAAAUGCUAGAAAACCAAAGAGACAGAUUGUUGUCCACCAUACUGACAUUAUUGGUGAUACAUUUUGGAGUGAACAUCCUGAAAUCCUGGACAGUUAACCACUUUGGUUUUGUGGAAUAUCUUGAUCAAAUGACAUAUUCAUAAUGCUG